AUGCCCUCGACGAUCAUCCGGCACUCUCGCAACGAAGCGAAACCCAGCGUCAAGGUGAGCGGCACCUUCACGGGCGAAGUGUGGAUGGACCCGGUCUUCGACGGGCCGGGCAUCAAGUUCAACCACGUCAUGUUCCAGCCGGGAGCCCGCACGUACUGGCACACGCACGAGCGAGGCCAGAUGCUCAAGGUGCUCGCGGGGUCCGGGUGGAUCUGCGACAAGGGCGCCGACCCGCGCCGGCUGAACGUGGGAGACAUGGUGUGGUGCGACGCCGGGACGACGCACUGGCACGGCGGCGGAGACGGGACGUACAUGAUGCAUCUGGCCGUCAGUCACGGCGAGACGGUCUGGCAUGACGAGGUGACGGAGGAGGAGUAUGCUGCUAAGAAUGAGAAUGAGAAGAAGAAGGAAUGA